GCACCCGAGGCCGGAACCCUCGCGAGAAGUCCGGGCCCCGCAGCGCGAUCUGCGCUCGGCUCCCCGCCCUGGCCGCGAUCCUUCUCUCGGCGGAGAGGCGGUGUGUGGGGUUCGGGCAGUACGCCCGGGUUACUGCGCAGAGCGCGGCCCGCGCAGUGCCAGCCCAGUAAAUCGAGUCGCCAGCGGCGCGGACGCGGCGCUGGCAGCGGCCGAGUUCGAAGCCGGGAUUGGACGGCCAGGCCGAGGCGCUCCCCGGGGCCUGAGGGGGUCGGAGAGUGGCUGAGCGUGAAGCGGCUUCCGCGGGCGGGGGCGCGCGCCGGGCCGUGUCUCCCGGGAGAUGCUGUGACGGACUGCACGGAAGGAGCAGGCGCCGCGGCUCUCGGCGGCCUGGCCCGCGGGCUCAGUGGAAGCAUGCAAGACUUAACAGCUCACGUGACGAGUGAUCUCCUGCACUUCCCAGAAGUGACUGUUGAAGCUCUCGGGGAAGAUGAGAUAACACUAGAGUCCGUGCUGCGUGGGAAGUUUGCUGCAGGGAAAAAUGGACUAGCAUAUUUAGCUUGUGGUCCACAACUUGAAGUUGUAAACUCUCUAACCGGAGAGCGGUUAUCUGCAUAUAGAUUCAAUGGAGUAAAUGAACAGCCUCCUGUAGUCCUUGCAGUGAAAGAAUUCUCUUGGCAUAAGAGAACUGGAUUGUUAAUAGGAUUGGAAGAAGCAGAAGGGAGUGUUCUGUGUCUUUAUGACCUUGGAAUAUCAAGAGUGGUCAAAGCUGUUGUUCUUCCUGGAAGGGUAACAGCUAUUGAGCCUAUAAUUAAUCAUGGAGGAGCCAGCGCUAGUACCCAGCAUUUACAUCCAAGUCUUCGGUGGCUUUUUGGAGUGGCAGCUGUGGUAACUGAUGUUGGACAGAUCCUUCUUAUUGACCUGUGUUUGGAUGACUUGUCCUGUAGUCAGAAUGAAGUAGAGGCAUCAGACCUUGAAGUUAUAACUGGUAUCCCCGCUGAAGUACCACACAUCAGAGAGAGCGUAAUGAGAGAAGGACGCCACCUGUGUUUCCAGUUAGUAAGCCCAUCAGGAAUAUCCAUUUCUACUCUGAGUUACAUCAACAGGACAAAUCAGCUUGCUGUAGGCUUUUCUGAUGGCUACUUAGCACUUUGGAAUAUGAAAAGCAUGAAAAGAGAGUAUUAUACACAGCUAGAAGGUGGAAGGAUUCCUGUCUAUGCAGUUGUUUUUCAAGAACCUGAGAAUGAUCCUCGUAAUUGCUGUUACUUAUGGGCUGUUCAGUCCACACAAGAUAGUGAAGGGGAUGUUUUGAGUUUGCAUCUGCUUCAGCUGGCCUUUGGUGACAGAAAAUGCUUGGCGUCAGGGCAAAUCUUAUACGAGGGAUUAGAAUACUGCGAAGAAAGAUAUACACUGGAUCUGUCGGGUGGCUUGUUCCCCUUAAGGGGACAGACUAGCAAUACUAAAUUGUUGGGAUGCCAAAGUAUAGAGAGAUUCCCGUCUCAUGGGGACAGGGAAGAAAGUAUGAGAGAAGCUCUCUCCCCUGAUACUAGUGUUUCUGUCUUUACCUGGCAAGUGAAUAUAUACGGACAGGGAAAGCCUUCUGUAUAUUUAGGACUAUUUGACAUAAAUCGUUGGUAUCAUGCACAGAUGCCAGAUUCAUUAAGGUCAGGAGAAUCUCUCCAUAAUUGCUCUUACUUUGCAUUGUGGUCAUUGGAUUCAGUUGUGAGUAGAACUGCUCCACAUGACAUCUUGGACAUACUAGUACACGAGAGAAGUUUAAAUCGAGGGGUGCCUCCUUCAUACCCACCUCCAGAGCAGUUUUUUAACCCAAGUACUUUUAAUUUUGAUGCCACUUGCUUGUUAAACUCUGGCGUUAUCCAUGUAACUUGUACUGGAUUUCAGAAGGAGACUUUGACAUUUUUAAAGAAAUCGGGACCAUCUCUCAAUGAAGUCAUUCCUGAUAGUUAUAAUCGAUGUCUUGUUGCUGGCCUUCUCUCACCAAGGCUUAUUGACAUUCAGCCUUCCAGUUUAAGUCAAGAAGAACAAUUAGAAGCUAUAUUGUCAGCAGCAAUUCAAACAAGUUCCCUGGGACUUUUGACCGGUUCCAUCAGAACAUGGAUAACAGAAGAACAACCAAAUUCUGCUGCUAAUCUUCGAUUUGUUCUUCAAUGGACGUGGAAUAAGGUGGUUCUCACAAAAGAAGAAUUUGACAGACUUUGUGCACCAUUAUUUGAUGGUUCAUGUCAGUUCAUCGAUCCACAAACUAUACAGUCUAUCCAGCAGUGCCAUUUACUUCUUAGCAACCUUAAUACAGUCUUGAGCUGUUUUGCAAUGGAGGCCCAGGGCAUCACUGAAAGAGGACUGGUGGACUUGAGCAAUAAGCAUAUGGUUACCCAGCUUAUCUGUCAAUAUGCUCAAAUGGUUCUGUGGUUUUCUCAUUCUGGACUUUUACCUGAAGGCUUAGAUGAUGCUCUGCAGCUGUCAAGGCUACGCUACAAUUACUCUAUUAUUCAGAACUACUAUACCAGUCGUCGGCAGAAGUGUGCACGCUUGCCCAGAGGGAAGUGGAACCAUGAUUGCUUGAUGAUUGAUGGAUUAGUUUCUCAGCUAGGAGAUCAAGUUGAGAAGUUGUGGAAACGGGAUGAAGGAGGCACAGGAAAAUAUCCUCCUGCUAGCAUCCAUGCACUACUUGACAUAUAUUUAUUAGACAACAUUACUGAAACAAGCAAACAUGCUAUUACUAUUUAUUUGCUACUCGAUAUUAUGUAUUCCUUUCCAAACAAAACUGAUACUCCCAUUGAAUCUUUUCCAACUGCCUUUGCUAUUUCUUGGGGCCAAGUUAAGUUAGUUCAAGGAUUUUGGCUGUUAGAUCACAAUGACUAUGAGAAUGGUUUAGACCUUUUGUUCCACCCGGUUACUGCAAAACCUGUGUCAUGGCAGCAUUCAAAGAUAAUUGAAGCCUUUAUGAGUCAGGGAGAGCACAAACAGGCUCUCCGGUAUCUUCAGACAAUGAAGCCCACAGUGUCCAAUAGCAGUGAUAUCAUCCUUCACCUCACUGUUCUGCUUUUUAAUAGAUGCAUGGUUGAGGCCUGGAACUUACUGCGACAGAAUUCAAACAGAGUGAAUAUAGAGGAACUACUAAAGCAUGCUUAUGAAGUUUGUCAGGAGAUGGGCUUAAUGGAGGAUUUACUAAAGCUACCGCUUACAGACACUGAGCAGGAAUGUUUAGUGAAAUUUUUACAAUCCAGCACCAGUGUUCAGAAUCAAGAAUUCCUUCUAGUUCACCAUUUACAGCGUGCUAAUUAUAUUUCUGCCUUGAAACUAAACCAGACUCUGAAGAAUACUCUCAUGAGUGAUCAUGAUCCACGUUUGCGGGAGAGAUCAGUGGCUCGAAAUUCUAUAUUAGACCAGUAUGGGAAAAUCCUACCCAGAGUCCAGAGAAAAUUAGCCAUUGAGCGAGCUAAGCCUUACCAUCUGUCAACAUCGUCAGUUUUUCACGAAGUUCCUAGGCCCAAACCAUUGUCAGCAUUUCCAAAGAAAGCUGUAACUGGAACAGUGUUAACAAGAUCUACUUUCAUCAAUAAUGUGUUGUCUAAAAUUGGAGAGGUGUGGGCAAGUCAUGAGCCUAGAAAUGGCAUUUCACUUUACAAUAGUCCUAAAACAGAACAACCAUCUCCUGUAGUGCGUCCUUUCCCACGUCCAGAGCUUCCUGAGGCAUUUGUUGGAACACCAAUUUCAAAAUCAUCCCAGAGAAUAUCUAGAUUACUGGAUUUGGUUGUUCAUCCUAUCCCCCAGCCUUCUCACUGUUUGGAGUUUAUUCAGCAAAGUCCCACAAGAUCUCCUUUGUGUUUGCUAUCCAGUUCAUUGCCAUUAAGUUCACAACUAAAAAGGCCCCAUCAGAGUACCUCCAGGCCUGCAGAAUUGCUAUUACUUGAAACUCCUCCUGUAGUUAAGAAAGCUAAAUCUUUGGCUCUGUCAGCUACUUCUUCUGGAUUUGCCGAGUUCACUCCUCCAUCCAUCCUUAGGUCUGGUCUUCGAACAACACCUUUAGCAUCUCCCUCUGUGUCACCUGGGAGAUCUCUCACCCCACCUUUCCGACUGAAAGAAACCAGGAUUUCUUUCAUGGAAGAAGGCAUGAGCGCACACUGGACUGAUAGAGCUACAGAUGACCAUAAUGCAAAAGCAUUUGUUAGUACAUCUUUCCAUAAAUGUGGACUCCCUGCAGAAACUGAAUGGAUGAAGACUAGUGAUAAAAAUCCAUAUUUUCCUCUGGAUAUCCCUGCAAAAGGCCAUCAGAAAGUGGUUAGGGGGACAUUGGACACCCACUCUCAGAGUCUGGAGAAACUGGAUGUGAGCAAGGACGACAGCAUUGCUUCAACCAGAUCAGACCAGACUUCCUUAGAAUAUCAUGAUGCACCAUCACCAGAAGACUUAGAAGAUGGUGUUUUUGUGUCCCCCAAGCCAGCCAGUGCUUCUACUGAACUAACUACUAACUCGACUCUACAAAUUGAGAAGGACAAUGAUAAAGAUUUGUUUAAGUCAGAAGGUACUCUUUCAGCUGUGGAGAAACAAAUGGGCACUGAAGAAGCUGCAGUGGAGGCACUUUCAGAAUUCAGUCAUUUAAGCCCUGUUCAAAGAGUUGACGCCUCUGUGUGUGUGGCCUCAGUCUGUGAAGGGAAAACCCCCACCUCAAGAUUCAAGACAGCAGUUUUGGAUGGGAUGGUGUCUGUGGAAAGCCGAACCUCCACAGUCAGGACAGACCACAGUGAAUCUGUUGCCAAUAUGGUUGAAGAUGGUGGAAGCUCUGGGCCCGCUGCCUCCAAGUGCCCUGUUACCUCUGAUCAGAAACUAGCGUUAAACCUAAAAGAAGAUGAUGCAAUAGAAGAAGCUGAUGUACGUGUUGACUUACCAGAAGAAAACCCUCAAGUUUCUGUCAGUCCUCCUGAUACUCAAGAAAUUCAUCAAAUUGAACAUGGAAAACCUGAAGCUCAAAAUUCAGAAGAAGAAGUCAAGAGCAUUUCAUUUAAUGAGUUGUAUCCCUCAGGAACACUUAAACUCCAGUAUAAUUUUGAUACUAUUGAGCAGCAGUUUUGUGACAUGCCUGACGAUAAAGACUCUGCUGAAUGUGAUAUCGCUGAAGUGGAUGGGGAACUUUUUGUGGCCCAGAGCAACUUUACCUUGAUAUUGGAAGGUGAAGAAGGAGAUGUUGAGGCAAGUGACUCUUCAGCAAUGAAUCCAUUAUCAAAAGCAGCUAACGUAGCAACCAAGGAAAAACUUUUGUCCCGAGCUGAACCUGAUAAUCAAGAACAUGUUACAGAUUUGCCAUCUGCUAUAACAGGUGACCAAGAAUCCCACAAGGUAGAGACUUUACCAUAUGUGCCUGAACCAAUUAAAGUGGCAAUUGCAGAAAAUUUGUUGGAUGUAAUUAAAGACACGAGAAGUAAAGAAGCAACUUCAGCAGCAGUGGAACAGGUUGUUCAUGAAGAGGUAGUAUUAAUAAGCCCAAAGGUUACACGUUCCUCCACGUUAACAAAAUCUUCACUGAAGACUAUACAGAAAACAGGUGCCGAGACUAAAAAUACCAGCCAGGGUGAUGAUAGGCUUUCUAGUAGAACUCGCACAAGAAGGCAGUGUGCCCAAAACUUGGAUGUCACAUCAGAACAACAGGAGUCCUCAGCAAUUGCUACUCCUAAGAAAGCUGGGAAAGUGAAAGAACUUCCUGGGUCUUCUGACAGUGCCUAUUCCAGUAUAAACGUAGCAUAUGAGACCCAGCUAACCUCUCAGAAUUCUCUCACUCCUAGGAGAGGAAGGAAGAAAAGGGAAGUUAGCCAAAGCACAUUAGCAAGCCUUGAUGCUGUAGAGCAGGAGCCACAGGAUCUGCCGGAGCCAGCCCCUGAAAUAACACCUUCUAGAACAGAAGUCAAACUCUCAUCUGCUAGAAAAGGGACCCCGAGAAGACUUAAGAAAUCUAUAGAAAAUGGACACAGUGCCGAAAUUGUAAAAGAUAUAAACAUUAGUGAUGCAGCAAUCCAUAGUGGUACUAUCAAAAAGAUGAGGAAUGCUAACUUAGGAGAUUCUCAAAAUGUGGGAUAUAAACAAGAGGAGGAACCCAGUGACCAACAGCUGCUUCUAAAACGAAGAAGGGUCAGACAAGGAGAAGUCAGUGUGUCGAGUGUGGUAGAAGAGCCUACACUUGAUUCAUCCCAAUUGCCGAUUCAAACAAAAUUUGAUAUCCCAGCCACACCUAGGAAACGUGGUAGACCAAGGAAGGUAGUGCCAUUAGAAGAUGGCAGCUCCAAGGGUGUUGAGGGACAGACAAGCCCCCAGAAGACAGAAGUUCCAAGUGUCCGAAGAUCUACACGGAACACCCCAGCGAGAAAUGUGAGUACUUUAGAAAAAUCCAUUUUGGUGCCAAAUGAGGAAGUUGCUAUAGUGAUGACCUCAAAUAAAAGGCCUAGAAAGAAGUCUGCAAAUGAAAGCCAAAAAGAUCCGUUACCAGCAAUUUCAGACUUCGAGACUGAAACAACCGACAAAGAGCCAGCUGACCAAGAAGAAAGAUUGCUUGCGGCUGCGACUUUGACUAAAUCUUCCUGGAGCACAAGGACUAGGUCUAGAAAAAACAUGUUGUUGAUGGACUUUUCCGAACCCAAAGCUAAAACGUCAUUUUCUCCUCCUUUGGUGAAGGAUCCAAAAAAAGUAAAAGCUGCUGCCCAGCUGAAAGAACUGGUAUCAGAUUUAUCUUCUCAGUUUGUUGUCUCCCCUCCUGCUUUGAGAACCAGGAGGAAAAGUGUGUCCAGCACAUCCAAGCUUCUAGAUGAACUGGAGAGUGAUCCUAAACCGUUAGAAAUCAUAGAACAAAAAGCAAAAAGAAGCAGGACCAUGAAGACGAGAGCAAGCAGAAACACGGAGAAAGAAAGUUCUUGGUCACCUCCCCCUGUGGAAAUUAAGCUGAUAUCUCCCUUGGCCAGCCCAGUUGAUGAAAGAAAGAUCAGCAAACGAAGAAAAACUACAGAAGUAGCAGGAAAAACUAUUGGAAGGGGCAAAAAGAAGCUGUCUUCCUUUCCAAAGCAAAUUUUACGCAGGAAAAUGCUGUAAUUU